AUCGGAGUGCGCGCAAUCCCCCUUGUCCAUCCACCGAUUGGCGCUCUGGCGAUGUCACGAACAGCGAUCACAAUAUGGCUUCCGCCACUGCCAGCAAGUGAGAGUACCUCCGAAGGUGACAUCGAAACAUGGUGGAAUAUUUUGAGAUGCGCGAGGCAUCGCGCGUGUGAGAACGUUCGGUGUGUCCUUGUUACGAGCCUCGCGUAGCGUUGUCGAGAGUUAAAGAAACGGUGCCUGGUCUCGAGGAAAGAAAACAUUUCGGUGAGCAAGAAGAACCGUGUUCUGUCUCAACGGAGAGAGACAAAUCGCAUGCACGGACUAGGAGUCGGACAAGGAUAGAGUGACAGAGUGAUACACCAGUUUGUCGGAUCGAAGGUUCCUGACACGAAUGUGUAUCGCUGGGAAAUGUGGAGAAUUCCGAGAACGUUGGAGUUUCUAAAGAUUCGUCGAUGCUUAGUAGGCGCCGGUUACGAUCGAAAAAAAGGGGAGUACCGAAUCUUUCGAUAGUUUGGUGGAGUGGUGCGCACGACUCGUACACGUCGAAAGCGUGGCUCUGUCGGUGUGCGUUACGUCCAGUGCACGCCGCGCAGUGUCGUCCCCGGACACGCGUGUGAGUACGUACGUGUGCGAUCUCUCGGUGUGUUGGAAAUUGAAAGAGGAUAGACGGACGGUGAACGACGGGUGGAAGAAUAAGAAAAAGAAUAGAGCGGCAUGGGGUGUAGAUCGACGAGAACAACGACGGUGACGACGUAACGAAGAGAAGAAGAGGCAAAAGACCGAGCGAGUGAGCGAGGCGACGUUGCCAGAGUUUUCCUUCUCGCGUUCCAUACCGUGCAGCACGUCCCUUCGUGGAAGAUACCCGAGAAAGACCGAAACGGAGAAUCUAAUGCGACGAGGAGCGAAAGAAAAGUAGCGUGCCAACAGCCAACGCGCGGAGACACCGAUAAUCGAGAGCGGCGUUAGCCGCGCGAACACCAUCUAGGGAAUUUUUGUUUUCGAUCGACCGAUUGGUCGAUUUCGAUCGUAGUCGCCGUUUUGCUCGUGCUCGUCGGACCGUGAUUCGUGGAUGCCAUGAGACGACUGCCGAUGACGUACGCGCGAGACACGUGACACGCCGAGUUAGGCCGAUCGACAAGCCAUGAAGAAGCCACGUGUGGACCGGGAUCGGCUUCGGGAGCGGGAACGACAGGCCCGCGCGGCGAUGUCGGUCCAGGCCGAACAGGCGGCUGCGGGAGGUGGUCCUGACACCAGACACCAUCAUCAUGGCCAUCACAACAACGCUCACCAUCACGCUAAUUCGCAUGCCGUCACCGCUCCGCUGUUCCGUGCUCCCGUCAGGGUUAAUCCGGACGCUCGGGACAGCACGACGCAGCAGAUCCAAUCGAAAUUGGGCAACUAUUUUCUGGUGAAGCAUCUUUUGGACGAGCCGAAACGGCUGAUCGGCAUCGAGGGUGUGCCGCCAAGCCCUGCCCCGUCUCCGUCUCCGUCUCCCUCAACCCUACGAACGAGUUCCAGCUCGGUCGGUUCAAAUUCCAGAAGCUCGCCCUCCUCCCAAGAAUUCAAGAAACCCGGAGGACCACGGUCCGGCUCGUCAUCGUCAUCGUCGUCAUCGUCGUCGUCGACGUCCUCGUCGUCGUCGUCGAGCCAUCAGCGUGGGGGUUUCGUGAAACCGGCUGACGGAAAACCACCGUACGGGGGCAGGGGUGGCUACCCCGGCCAAUCGGUGAAGCACGGGGGCAACAGCAACGAUCAUCGCAGCCACGGUUUAUUAACCGCCAAAGGACCGCCCCCGAAUUCACCCGGGAACGGAACGCUCGUUGGCAAUUCGAAUAUCGGGAAUUCCAGUGGCAGCAGGCUUCACUGUGCCGGCAACAGACUGUCCAGGUUACCUCUCGAUAACGGGACAAGUUCGAGGCCUGGUCCUACCGAGAAUUCAGCCGAUUUGGAUAACAUUCUGAAGGAAAUGACCAUGCCGCCCACGCCUCUGACGGCUAUCGCCCAGACGCCGAGGAAGGAGCUCGAGUCAAAGUUCACGUUCAAUCCCGUGCUAGCGAAGUUGACCGAGGUGCCACCGCCGGAACCCACCAAGUCUCAACGUGAAAGACACACCGCCAACAGGCUAUCGGCAGAUUUGGAAGGGGACCUGAGAUUGUCCGAGGACAGCGACGAUGAGACGGGCAAGGGGACGUCUUCGCGGCCAGUUAGAGGAAGCAGAAGCCCCGACCUCACGGUCGAUCUGUCGACGCCGUUGAUACCAGCUAUGACACCGGCGCCACCGCCUCUGGCUCCCAUGUCGCCCAUGGGAUUGUCACCCGUGGGACCGUUGUCGCCGACGAGACCGCUCAGUCCACCCAGACCGUCGUCACCGCCGAAACAGAUGACACCCGAGCGAAUACUCUCACCACCGCCGGCCAGUCCUCUGCAAUCGAAAGACUCGUCGAGUCCUACGAUAGACCAAAGGCCACCCAGCCCACCAGGCCAGGCGCCACAGAGUUCCGGAAGCGCGAGCUCCAGUUCCGAUUCCGGAUCGGACUCCGGCUCGGACAGCAGCGACGACUCCGAGGACGAAACAGGCGUUCAACCCGCCAAAGGCCCAUCCACCCCACCCUCUUUGUCACCAAAGACCGACAAUCUGAUCGAAGAGCCACCCCCCGCGAUAGAGGAGUCCAAGCCUAGAUGGAACUUGAGCUCCUUCUUCAAUAAGUCGGCUGUGUCGCAUGGCGAACAGAACCCGGAAACUAAACAGACUCAGGAUUGCAACAGGCGGCAAAGUUCCCCGGUGGCGACUACGGAAACGAGAACGCACAGGGACAAGGCGGGGGUACACGAUUGGAAACUUGACGAGGCCCUCAAGAGGACUCAUAACGCGACGAUGAUAAGCCUCCUCAGCGACAGCGAUCCUCAUUCGGACCAGGAGAAGAGUCAGCCCGUGGAGGAGACGCGCGCGCAGACGGAAAAACCAAAAGUGGCCGACGCUAGGAAACGUGGCCGGCCUAGAAAACCUACCAAGAGUCCGAAGGGUAGCCAUCGUACGUCGGAAGAUACACUGAAAAAUAGUAAACCGCGUAGCAGAACGCGAGGAGUGGCCAGUCCUCUGAAAAAGAAACAGCCGAUCUCCAAGGCCACCAUUGCGACCAGCGAUGACGGCAGCGACGACAGAUCGCAGGGAGCUUCCAGUGCCUCGGAUAGCGAUCGUCCGACCAGAGUAUCGCCCGAAGUCGCCGCUGUAUUAAGCGAUAAGAGGCGGACGAGAUUGAGCGGAUCUUCCAGCGAGGACGAGAAUCCGACGAAUGCGAAGCGCAAUAGCGCCUCUGAGGACGACACCACGCGUUGGAGGCGAGUCCCCAUCAAGAGAACCAAGCUCGCGGAUUCGCCGAAGAAACAAGAGAAGAAGAAGAGUCCCGCUAAACCGAAAUCGAGAAAGUCCAGUUCGAGGGUUGCCACCGUCGGUGGAUCCGACUCUGACAGCGAGUCCGAGGUGUCGAUGAGGAAUAGUCGUAUUCAAGUCGCCAGGGUACCUCCGAGACCAAGGGUACCGCCAACUCGGACAACUUCUCCGGAGAACUCGGACAGCGACAACAGUCCAGGGCCAAAGCUCCAAGAGGAAGACACCGGUAAUGUCCAGGAUAAGAAGAAGAGCGAUACACUCCGGAGAGUGUUCUCGACUUCGGUAGGCGGUGGAAAGGGCGGCGGUAAGGGUGGGAAAGGUGGCAAAGGCGGAGGGAAGUGUGGAAUCUACGUGGAGGAGUACACGACGUCUGCCAAUACUCCGACCGGAGGGGAGAGUCCGUACAAGAGGCCGUCGUCGCAGGCGUCCAGCGUCGUUCAGUCUUUUCCGCCGUUCAACUACGUGAACGGUGUGCCCAGUUUACUCUGCAGGAUCGACCUGAACAAGCUUCCCCAUAUAUCUCAACUAUCCAGAGGGCAAGAGUUGAGACAACGCACGGAAUUGCCCGACACCAGGCCGUCGUCCCGACAAGCGACCGCAUUACCCGCCCAGCCACCUAGGCCGUCCACGCCGGAGGAGGGCGAGAUAGUUGACACACCGCCGCCUCAGCAGCUACCAUUGGAGACCAGGAGUCACGGGGACGCGUUGUUAGGCGACGGCGAUCAUAAAAAUCGCGCUGUGAUCAAAGGCGAACCGAUUUCGGACUCGAAGAACAGUUGCGCCGGUAUCGUCGGUGGAGGUGCUAGUGGAGGUGGUAAUGGUGCUAAUGGCGCGGUUAGCGCGCCCAAGAGGAAACGUAAUCCGAGUUGUAGUUCCGUGUCCAGUUUGAGCACUGUGUGUUCCGUAGAGGCUAAGGCGAAGGGACCAGGUGAGCACAAAGAGAAGAAGAAGAGAAAACGGAAACACGUCGACGUCGAAGCUGUUCUAUCCAGGCCAUCUUCCAGUCAGCAAAGCGAUAUACAACCAACGAAUCACGAGCGGGAAGAAAAACCCGACACGAGCCUAUUGCCGCCACCGCCCCCGCCUCAGCGUGUCUAUUAUUCCUACUUCAAUCCUCAGAACGAAGUGUUGGAGGAUCAGGAUAGGUGGGACCAGAAUCAGUACCUGAUGGAAGCGAAACGGUUGAAGCAUAGCGCCGACAAGGAGUGCGAACUCACGGCGCAGGGUAUGCUUUACCUAGAAGCCGUUCUCUGUUUCCUACUCACUGGCAAUGCCAUGGAGUCGGAUCCUCUCACCGAGAGAGCGUCGUUCACCAUGUACAAGGAUACUCUUAGUCUCAUCAAGUACAUCUCCUCGAAGUUUAAGAGCCAGCAGAACAACUCACCGGAGAGCAAUAUACAUAACAAGCUGGCCAUUCUAAGCCUCUUUUGCCAGUCCCUCAUAUACUUGAAGCUCUUUAAGAUGCGCAGACACGAAAUCAAAGAGAAUCAAAAAAUUCUUACCGACUAUCAUCAAAAGCCUGCACAGGCGACCCAGGUGCAACCCGAAGGGCAAGGAACGCCUUCUUUGUCACCGACACCGUCACCGGCCGGUUCCGUAGGUUCCGUUGGCAGUCAGAGCUCCGGAUACAGCAGCGGCGAAUUGGCGAAUCGAGGUGCCGCUUCCGGUCAACCCCAGGUAGCGACGUACGUUAGCGUUCCGCUCACCGUUCACGCUGCUCUGGCGAAACAACAUCAUCAUUUCAGCUUGCUACUGAGUUGCCACGAUCUCUGGGAUCAGGCAAAUGCUUUGGUGACGGACAAGCAUAGAGAUUUCUUCAUCGAGCUGGAUGAAAAAUUGGGACCCCUCACGUUGAAAAGUUCGCUGCGCGAUCUGGUGCGUUACGUUCAGGCUGGUAUCAAGAAGCUCCGAGAUCUCUGACCACAGUGGCAUAGCCCCCGACCGCCAACCCCGAACUACAUCACUUCUCUCCCGCAAAACAUGGUCACGUAUCCGACGAUGUUCACGUAAAGCUCAUCGCGAUACGUCGAACGAUCGUUUCGAGAUUCCGAAUAAGUAUAAACGUCGGUUGUGUGAUACUCGUUAGAAAAUUUUUGGAAUAGCGGAGAUGAGAAGUCGAGUUCGUGCUCAGCCGUUAAAAGAAUUGUUUCUCUUCGGGGUGGCAAGAAGAAAAGAAUACCGGUGGUCAGGGGAAGUGUCGGCCGCGAGAAGGAUUGUUGGUUACGCUGGCUCGCUCGCGCCUAGGACAACUGAUAGAUUUCUCCUUUUUAGGGGAUCGCGUUCGAGUACCCCGGCAUUUUUUUGUUCGACUCUUAGCAUCAAGUAUAUAGUUAAGCGAUUCGUCUAACCAAUGAACCACAAGAACUAAGAUAUCUCGUAGCUCUGUUCUUGACUACGCAUGAUUGGCAAUGCAAAGUCGGAGAUCGAAUCGAUACGAAGAUAACACAUACAAUCGAAGAGCUAUGAAGAGGUUUUGGUUUCUCUCUUUUUUUUUCUUUCUUUCUUUCUUUCUUUCUUUCUUUUUUUUUUUUGUAAGUUGUUGGGACGAAUUGAAAUCGAACGACGAACUAAGAAAGGGGGUAAGAAUACGACGAAGAAGGAAUAAGAAGUGCCACAGAAGCGCCCGUGUGUUCUCGCUUUACGGUGCGCCGCAGCCGACGUUACCUGAAGCAUGAGUUUCGUUUUGGCGAUUCGAGUGCGACGAAUACACAAGGAUAUAUACAUAUAUGCAUAUAGUUUAUUACGUAUAUAUAUAUAUACAUAUAUAUAUAUAUAUACAUACACACACAUAGAUAUGAAUAUAUUUAAUGAAGAGAGAGAACCAACGCGUCACGCACGUCUGCGUUUCGUUUUUAGUAAAGAUGAAAGGUAAGAAGAAAAAGGCGGUCUCGAGAUCCGCAAGAAUGGGAGGGAGAUAAAUUGGAUAAAUAAAUCGGUGCGAUGUAUUUUCUCUUCGGUGGAGGGAUAUGCACCGCGCGAGCAACAAGAUCAACCGGUCGAUCAUGACCGAUGCACUAUAACGAAUACUAUUGUCCGACGUUUACGAACAAUGGACGCACGAUUCUUUUUUGUAGGUAGGUUACAGAAAAAGAAAGAAAAGGUAACUUAGAUUAGAUAAUUAAUACGCAACAAGGUGGAGAACAGAAAAAAGAAGAGUAAACGGUAACAAAAAACAAAACCAACCAAUACACAUAUUAUUUACAUUACUUAGAACUUAAACGGGGAAAUAAGUAGAGGUUCUAGCGAUGAGAAACAAGAAAUAAAAACAGAUUAUUCAGAUAAUUGUACGUAUAGCGCAUACCACACAUAUUAUACAUAGUGCGAUUACAGGAAAAUAAUAAAAAAGUGGAAAAGGAAAGCGAGAACAAACACGCCGAAUACGAAGAAUAAUAAAAUAAUCGCGUGUAACGGAGGGAUUCACCGCGGGCACGUCCUCUCGCGUUACACGGGAUGCAAGAGGAAUAAUCGAAAGAAACAGAAAAUAUAAAAGAAAAAAGCGUAACGGAUAAGCAAGUUGCUCAUGUGUAUAUUUUUGUAAAUAGGUAUUUGCGAGUGCCGCCGCCUUGAGGGUGGUCUGUCGAUGCGUUACGAUGCGCGGCAGGCCGGCCCGCCCCAAUUUUUGCUACCACAAAUCUUAUCGAGAAUCAGGAAAUUUCUGGUAAAAAAUGAAAGAAAAGAAUAUUAAAAUAUGCGACACACAAGGUGUUACAGACAUGUCCGCCGAAUUUGUCCCGAAGGUUCUUUCCGAGUCUAGUUCUUACUAGUACACGUAAAUAGAAUUUUUAUUUCGUCCACUUUGGUCGUACGUACUCACUACUAACUAUUCAUCCGCGGCUCCCUCGGAAAUUUGUUCUAUACGUUGUCUACGUUAGCGUUUGCUCGUUUUGCUUCCUUUCCAAUGUUUUUUUUCCUUUUUUUUUGUUUGUUUUUCUGUUAGCGAUGCAUCGUAGAUGCGCGCGCUAUUCAACGAUUUUCCUGUACUUGAGUCGAUCCGGUGACCACGGGACCCAGAGAAUGGAAUGGCUUGAAGCGAAAAGUCUACGAGACCUGAGCGUAAUGUGUUUCUUUAUAUUUCUCGAUAAAACGGUGAAUUCGAUUCGAUAGCUUGCCGUAGCGACAAAGAAGGAUAAACAAAAGAAUGGACGAGGACGUUGGCAAAGGGUGAAAAGUGUUGGCAACGAUACGACUGGAGCACGAACGCGAUGAAACAAAGAAUCUCGAGAACCACGGUCGAACAUAUCCAAAUACAAAUACAAAUUUUAAUUCGAUCGAAAAUUUUGGAGCCUUUUUUUCGUCAGAUUUUACGUUGUCGCAAAGAAGUUGGACCAAUAUAUUAUUCUAUUCUAAACGAAUCAAUUGGUUGCUGACACUUUUCUAUGCUCAACGGUUAAGAGAAGCUAGAACAGCGAUUGAAUAGUACGGUCGAAUAUGGUUGACGAGGUUUACGAGGGCCCAUAGAGUUACUAAGCGCGGUCCAAUGGUUCACGGGAUACAAUUUUAUACCUCGUGUGCGCGUGCACACGGACGCAAAGGACAAGGAGACUAAAAAAGACAAAAAAAGAAAAAGAAAAAGAAAAAGAAAAAGAAAGAGAAGUCUAUUAAAAAGUUUUGAUAUUUUCGAGACACACAUUUAUAGCGGAUACGUAUAUAAAUAUCAGGCCCCCUUCCUCUCGUCAGCCAUUAUCGUGGCAAAAGACGUGCACGCGGGCAAAGAUGGGCAAAAUUUGCGUCUUGAUAAAGAUUUCGAAUAAUGAAUAGAAGAUGAACAUCUUUGUACAACGCAUACAUUUAUUCGCUAAAAACGAUAAAUAAAUUAUAAAGUAGAAUUAAAUUUCACGUUGAACGAAUACAAGUUUACCCAAAUAUCAUCCGUUAUUCGAAUAAAAUUUUUCCCGUCUCUGCGUACAGGCCGAAAUUUCAAUGAUUUUGGCGACUCCGCGUAUCGGUUCAUUCAAAAUCGAACGCGCUUCCAUAUUUUUAUCGAGAAGUCGUGUACAACGUGAGUAUUACCGUUCGUCUCAGGUUCUCCUUUUCGUCCAUGGUCCUCCGUGCGAUAGCUUCUUCGUGGUUUUUCUGUUAUAUUAUCGUUAAUAUUAUUGCAACCCUUUCCCCACCAUCCCCCCCCCCAUUUUUUUUCUUUUUAAUUAAUAAAAAAUAGUACUCACAGCAAGAGUCCUCGCGCACAGAGGCAUUCUCUUAUUACUUUUGGCGAGUCUACGUUCCUACUUGACCUCCAAAGACGAGAAGCGAAGGGUGCUGUCGUUCCGAUUACUAUUGCCACGUAGGGGUUUGGAGGACAGAGACUUUUUUGUUUUAUGUUUCCUUUUUGUGCGGACGCGAACUUUUCUUGUUUCGUUUAUUUUCUAGUUUGUCUUUAACCGAUUAGUUGUCGGGUCGCGUGAACCUUUGCUACGGUUUUAAAAGAAAUUUUAUUGUCACGCGUAUAUUAUCAUUAUUAUUGCAACCUUUAUUAUUAAUUUUAUUAUUAUUAUUAUUAUUAUAUUAUUAUUAAUAUUAUUAUUAUUAUUAUUAUUAUUAUUGAGUUAUUGGUACUACGAUCGUUAUUAUAUAUUUCGAGGUAUUUAUACGAAUGAAUGGAGCCGAGAGGUACAGAGAGAAUUGGGGUUUGCGUGUCUCUGCCGCGUGUGUGUUUGUGUUUGUACGGGACAAGCGAGAGAUCGAAAGGAGAAGAAAACGGUUAAAUCGAUGCGUGUCGCAACGACAGUUGUAUAUUGUACCUAAAUACAGCAGCAAAAAAUGAUUUUUCGACAGUUGAACGAGAAGUUUGUCGAGCGUACAUAUUAUAUAUACAUAUGUAUUAUACAUAAUAAUCUCGAAGUUCGGUUAAAUGCCGUUUGUUUUUUUUUUUUUUUGUUUUUUUCGUCUUCUUUACCCGCUACGCCGUAACUGUAAUAUAACUGUUAUAUACAUGUAUACAUACAGAAACACACACAGACACAAACACGAGCAUAUAUAUAAAACAUAGACAUGCAAUCAUAAUUAUAUUGUUAUAUAAAUAGUAUUAUAUGAUAAUUAUUUUACUAUACUCUCGUAUACGGUCACAUCGCGUGCCACCAGAAUUCCAAUGCUGAACGCGUUGCUACGGCUGGAGAACUCUCCGAGCCCUUCGACGAAAGUGCCAACAUUUACCGUGGAAACGAUUGGCUCCAAUUUUAAAUCGGCCCUGGAAUAUCGAAAGUGAAAAUCAGUUCGAUUCGAGCACCUUUACGAAAAUUACUAAAAGAUACGUGUCUAUAUUUGUACUUCGAGCCACGAGGAAAAAAAAGGGUCGGAGAGCUCGUCUUCCAUGCUGAGCCGAGCAGGCGUAUGGGUUAACGGCAGCGAGCAAUGCACAAGCAAUUUAAUUAGUUACGUAUCGCGUGGCGCGAUCGACGCUCGGAUGGUGGACUCUGCGCACGAUUCGAAGGGUAGUCACCAAGCGAAACUAUAACGCGCGAGAAUCAUCGUUGCUCGAAAUAUAAUCGAUCGCUACGAUUACCGAGCGAUCACGAAUAAACGAUCAACGAUCAACGCAUGAUUAAACACCGUUAACUACGACAUACUACAAAUUACCGAUUUGUGAUUACAGAUUACAAACAUAGUCUACGGUUAUCGAUUAAUAUUAAUAUUGCGAGCGAUCGUUACACAAGAAUAAUCUCGCGAUGUAAUCACUGCUCAAAUCUGCCGAGAAUAGAAAAAUCUCGACGCAACAAGAUCAGCUUCUCUCUCGUCUCGAUCGAGGAAGCUGUGUUUUCGUUUCGAAACAAGUCUCUACCCAUCACUCGUCAGAGUCCCGUGUGCUUCGCGGUCCUUCGACUUCCAUUUGCAAUUCGCGAAAACGUGUGUCGAUCGGUCACGCAUAAACGCAGAAGAUCGUCUCGGAGACGGCCAAGCGAACGAACAACAAACAAGUGAGCGAGCAGAUUUGCAGGAUUGCACGGGAGGCAGUGACAGAGACGGGCAAAAUUCCUAUAUAGAUGAAAGUUUCGAAUAACGAAUAAAAGAUGAACAACUUGGUACCCGUUACUCGUCGAGUGAAUAUUAGCGUUUUUAAUUAUAGAAAUAAUUUAUAUAUUUCAUGAUGCACGAAUCAAAAUUUGUCCGAGUAAAUAAAAUCAUUCACGUAUUGUUUUUAUACGUCAUCUGUUAUUCGAAUAAGGUUUUGUCCAUCUCUGGGCAGCGAAUGAGCGUGUGAAUGUACUCGCGAGAGAGAGAGAGAGAGAGAGAGAGAGAGAGAGAGAGAGAGAGAGAGAAAUUGCAUGCACGAAAGAGAGAUACGAUUAAAUGAAGAAAGCAGCAAUAAAAGAGAGAUACAUAGAAUGGCAACCGCACCAAGGAGAGACCAAACUCGCUUAUCGAAAGAUAAUUACUUACUUUCUUUUUAUUUAUUUUAAUUAUUAAUGUUGAUUUACUAUUGUAUUUAUUGGCGCGGAAGGCUGAGGCACUGGAGAGAGAGGGAGGGAGACGCCGACAAAACUAGCGCGAGUGCUCGGUUCAGUACUACCUCACCCCUCAAUCCUCCCACAAACAAGAAUUUCAAGAAGAAAAGACGACGAUCGUUACUUAAGCAGACAUUCUUAUUCCCGAUAAUUUAAUCAUGGAACAGUGUCGAGUAGAAUAUAAUUCAAAAUUCAAAUAAAACAUUAAAUUAAUUUGAUAAAAAUAUGUCAUGAUUUGCAAGUGUAGAGACUAUAUGAAAUUUUAUAUUAUUUUUUUUUUUUAAGACAAUUUGAAUUCAUUCUAAUCUAAGUUGAUUCAUUUCAUCGAUGGAGAUGCAAGUUUGUUCUCUGGUCGGCCAGAUUCCCGCGUUCCAAGAUUCGACGGAAAAAAUGGGUUAAUUUUUUUCAUUCUUCAUUUUCGAUGUCUCGGUUCGCUAGGACAGUACAUUUUUUACCGUUUGAAGUUCAAUUUGAUCCGUAAGAAUAACAAGGUCAAGCAUUGGGCGAGGUGCGUGGGAUUGGGGAAGAGGAAUACGAGAAAGGAGAAUGAUAACACGAGGUAAAAAGACCGUGACAAUAUAUACAUAUACAUAUAUGUAUAUAUAUAUAUAUAUAUAUAUUUGCAAGAUAUUUUGCGAGCAGGGCUUUUUUAUCUAUUUUAUAGUAAUCUCAGCUUAAGCAGAUUAAGAGUUAAAAAAGUGUGUGUGUGUGUGUGUGUGUGUGUGUGUGUGUGUGUGUGUGUGUGAUUUAUGAGCAGCUGACGAACGGUUUGUAAAUUGCGUACAUAACAAAUAAUAGGUAAAAUACCGUCGACAAGAAACGAGAUGGUUCACUACGUCGUAUACUCUACGUUUUGUUUGUUUUACGCCUUAGGCUUGCAUUAUGAUUAAUCUAAUUAUUAUUAUUAUUAUUAUUAUUAUUAUUAUUAGUUAUCACCAUCAUCGUCAUUAUCAUUAUAUCCUUAUUCUUAUUAUUAAUUUUAUUAUUAUUAUGAUUAUUAUUACUAUUAUUGUGUAUAUGGUAUAAAUUGUAAAAAGGAACGUAUUUACUAUAACAUAUUCAUUUUACGGGAUUUACAAGAUCCUUCAAAUGAACAAAUUGUUUAAAAUAAAGUGAAGGAAUAAAUAAAAUAUUGACCAAUUAACGUA